UGCAUGCCAUUGACCCGAGCAAGGCUCUCCUCGCCAAAUCCGAGUGCCACUUCGACCCGCUGCACUUCUUGGACCCCUUCUCUGCGGCCACCUUCCUGGAGCCGCGGCUGCUGGCAAGGGGCGGGCCUGGUGCCGGCGCUCUGGCGCAGCUCGCCAGACCGGCAAGCCCUGCGACCUCCUGCAGUACCCUGCAGCACUUGAAGCAGUGGGUUAACGUGGGGCGUCUGGAGCUGGCGGCCGAGGCCGACUCUUCGCCGGCCCUGCGAGGCACCCUCUUCCCCUUUUUCAAGGACGCGAACACGCAGAGGGUCGUCUUCGACCGGAUCGCCCGCAACGCGGCCGAGCUGCCGUUGAGCGGCUUCUCCCAGCUGGCCCCGAGCGCCGCCGUGCUGGCGGGCCUGGAGGUGCCCGCAGGCCACGUCCUGCGCGCGUGGGCCGACGACCUUCAGGACGUCUGCCUGGCCUUCGACUGCGCCCACGAGAUGACUCGCACCAACGACGUGGCCCUCCCGCUCCCGCCGAGGCUCUGCGAGGGCUUCGCCGCGCUGGACAGGUCGCGGAGCCGUUGCCGUCGCGGGGGCCGCGACCCUCCUGAGAAGGUGGCCCUCUGCCAUGGCGGGCCCAUCAUGGGGGGCCUGAGCGCGCCCGACUGGGCGUGCGAGGACGUCGUGCUGGGCGACCGCUUCGGCCUGGCCGUUUACGCGCCUGGCACGCGGGCCUCCCGGCUCGCGAUCGAGGGGCCCUUCGCCCGCGCGCGGGGGGGCCGCGCCAAUGCUGGCGUGAAGGUUAGCUCGGGCAAGGAGGUAAAGGACGCAGCGGAGACGACGGUCAUCGAGGCUGAGUUCCUCGGCCACGACCGGCUCGUCGGCGCCCCCCACGCGCAGGCGUUCGAGCUGAGCGGCGCCGCCUGCAACGAGUGCGCCCUGUUCGCCGCUCUGCUUCCGCUGAGGGCCGCGGACCUAUCCGCCGGGCGGGGCCCUCGCGCGCUGGCCUCGGACGCCUCGCACAUGGCUGGGGCGUCAGUCAAGACGCCCGCCCAGGACGGCGGCCUCCUGCAAGACCGGGAGGAGGACGCAGCUCCGCCUCCAGACGCGUUCGGCCCUUCGACCUCGCUUAUCGAGUACUUCGACGUGCUGGAGCUCUGUUGCGGGGAGGGGGCCCGGCUCAUGGGCUACAUC